GCAAGCGGAGGGAGCAAAAUGGCGGACGAAGAUAUUACGCUUGAUGGAAAACCUCUACAAUCGCUCCGAGUUGCGGAUUUAAAAGCCGCACUGGAGCAAAGAAACCUCCCAAAGAGUGGACAGAAAAACACACUCAUUAAGCGACUGAAAGGGGCUCUGAUGCUGGAAAACCUUCAGAAGUCAUCCUCCUCUCACAGUGGGCUGCAGCCCAACUCACAGAUCGGUGAGGAGAUGAGCCAGAAUAGCUUCAUAAAACAGUACCUGGCUAAACAGCAGGAGCUCCUUCACCAGAGACUGGAGAGAGAGGCCCAGCAAGAGGAAGAGGCAGACGAAAGCCCAGCAGUGCAGGAGGAGGAUGAUGACCAGUCGGAGGACAAUGACAGCUCCUCCUAUGUCUCUGACAAGAUGCAUCACUCCAUGCCGCCCAAGCCCUCAAUGACCAGGGCAGAGGCGAAAGGAGGAGGAGAUUUAGUGAUGGUUCAUGGGAUGAUGGCAUGCGGCCCUGACAUGGGUCCCGGUCCUCCCCUCCACCCCCAGGAGUCCCUUGAGGCGCCAGGAGCUAGAAUGCAGCGAGCCACCUUUCACCAAGGACAUAAGGAGCCACCAGCCCCAUCUCCUCCCCGUGCCGUAGCCUCCCUGUCUGUGCGCGUCCUGGGCCAGCCUGACCGCCAGGGGCUGCCCCCUGCCGUAGCGCGAGCCCAGGAGAAGGAAGGCACUGCACCGAGUGAACCAGGAUCAGCUCAUCCUGUCCUCCACCUGAGCCGAUCUGCCGGGGUCUCAACAGGAGGUCAGGUCCACGAGGACAGCGAUGAUGAUGACGACGGUGAUGACGAGAGCGAGGAUGACGAGGAUUGGGGGCCUGGUCCUGGCGGGGCACGGAGGGGCAACAGAGUGCCUCCCCAGCAGCAGCAGAUGCCUCCCAGUGUCCCAUCAACAGUUGCCAGGUCCAAACGCAAGCUUCAGCCUCCGCAGCACAUCCCACCACCACAGGUACACCACACACCAAUGCAACUGCGCCACCCCACUCCUCCUCCCUCUCCACCCCCUGACCUGUUUCCCCUACCUGACACUCCCAAACAGAGCCCACCAGACACAGACGACCAGGAGGGAGAAGGGCCUGAGGCUUCACGUGGUCCAAGGGUGCCGCCUUUCCCACCUUCCACCAUGCAGAGGCAAGACUCUGACUCGAGCUCUCGUUCCAGCAGUCCUGAGCCCUCUAUGAAGCGCAGGCCAGGGCCCCUUUCUCUGCUCGUACACAGGAUGGAGUCAGAGGGGGCUUUCCGUGCAGCAGAGGCCACCUCUGCUGUGGAUAUGUCAGGAGAGACAGCACACUCCGCUGCUGGGUUUGCCGGUUCCAGUGAAUCUCCACUGAAAAGAUUGGAGAGAAAGAGGCUACAGGAGAACAGAGAGAUGGAGGAAGAAAGGCGACUGAAGGAGGAGAAAGAGAGGGAACAACACCAGAAGCAGGAGAGAGAAAGAAAGAAGAUACAAGAGCAGGAGAGAGAGAAGAAACGCUUGGAAGAAGAGAAGGAAAAGGAGAGGAAACAACUGGAAGAGGAGGAGAAGCAGCAGCGUGAAAAAGAGGAGCGAGAAAAAGAGAGAAAACGCCAGGAAGAGGAAAAAGAGAGAAAACGCCAGGAAGAGGAAAAAGAAAAAGAGAGAAAACGCCAGGAUGAGGAGAAGAGACGAGAGGAGAAACUGCUAAAGGAGAAGGAGAAGAGACAGGAAACAGCCUACAAAGGCAAGGUGGCUGUGACUGAGGCCCAAGACUCAGGUUCCUCAUCCGAUUCUGACUCCAAAUCAGACUCCUCUUCACACUCAUCACAAUCCUCCUCCUCUUCCGGGGAUAAAAUCGGCCCUGCCACACAGCUGAAGAAGGCAGACCAAGGACAAGAAGCAGAGGAUGAGAAAAAGACUAAAGGGGCAGAGAAACAAUACCUUCCAAAAAGGGAGGUGUCUGAGCCCAGUGCAGCCGCCGUGACUGAGGUGGAACCAGAUUCUGAGAGCUCCAUGGCCCAGCAGCCGCCCUCUGGGGCUGAGCCAGAGAACAGCGAGGGCCGCCUGGAGGAGAGCACCACUCCUAAGGCUUUUGCUGCUCGCAAGAUAUCCUUGACCAGCAGUAAGACGUCUCCGGCAGCCACAGAUGGAGCAGCAGGUGAGGCCGAGACGGGAACUGCAGCAGGGAGGAAGAGGCGGUGGGGCUCCAGCACAGCAGUCACUUCUAAGAAACCAUCCAUCAGCAUCACCACCGACUCACUGAAGUCGUUGAUCCCAGACAUCAAAGUGAACCAGGAGGCAGUGGUGGAGCUGCACCCGGAGGAGCUGCAAAUGUCCGGGGACGAGGAGAGCCCGGACGCCAGCCGGGGCGACCAGGACAAAGGCCUCAAGAUCCGACGCACCGUCACACAGGUCGUCCCAAGUGACACCCAGGAAAACGGACAGACAAAUGAGGAAGAAGAGGUGGAGAAAACGGAGAAAGAAAAACAACGCAGGACUUCCAGAGACAAAAGGAAUAACAGCGUUUCUGAGGAAGCCUCAGAAACGCAGACAUCUGCCAAGCUCGAAGGAGAGGCAAAGAAAGUUACCCCCAGCGACAGUCUGGUGCGUCGCUCCAUAAGUCAACAGAAGUCCGGCGUGUCCGUCACCAUCGAUGACCCCGUCCGCGCAGCCAGGCAGCCCUCGCCGCCUCACGGCAAACUCUCAAAUAUCAUCCAUGUGACCAACCUGGUGCGGCCCUUCACCCUGGGCCAACUCAAAGAGCUGCUGAACCGGACGGGCAGCGUGGUGGAAGAGGGCUUCUGGAUCGACAAGAUCAAGUCUCACUGCUUUGUCACAUACGCUACAGCAGAGGAGGCGGUCGCUACCAGAGCUGGCCUCCACGGGGUCAAAUGGCCUCCGAGCAAUCCCAAGGUUCUCAGUGUCGACUUCUGUGAGCAGGACGAGCUGGACGUUCACAAAGGCAUCCUGAAGCCAGAAAAGGAGAAGGUCCACGCUGCCCCGCCAAGUGGUCCACAGAACCGGCUGCUCCCUCUGAUGCCUGAGCGAGACAGGGACCGAGAGCGAGAGCGAGAAAGGGAGCCCGAACCUGACCAGGAAUGGGACCGAGGCAUGGGAGGAGUGCGGGAUCUGUGGGCGGAGCGGCAGAGAGAGAUGGAGCGUCGGGAACGAGCCCGUGGCGAGCGGGAAUGGGACCGGGAUAAGGUCCGGGAAUUUGCGAGGCCGGGAGACGACGGACAACGCUCUCGUUCCAGAGACAGAGAGAGGAGGAGGAGGGAGAGGGCCAAGAGCAAGGAGAGGAAGACGGAUAAGAAGGAGAAAGGAGAUGAGCCUCCAGUAAAACUGCUAGAUGACUUAUUCCUGAAGACCAAAGCGGCUCCGUGUAUAUACUGGCUUCCCCUCUCCGAGGAGCAGGCGGCGCAGAGGCUUCUGGAACGCACAGAGCGGCAAAAGGAGCGCGAGCGAAGGCGCAAGGAGCGGCAAGAGGAGGAGGAGAAGAAGCGUGAGGAGGAGAAGAAAGAGAGGCUGAAGGGUCGGGAGAAGGAAGGCAGCGCGGUGGCGAGCGGCGGAGCAGCCGGGCGUGGAGCUGACCGAGACAGAGAGAGGGAGCGCGGCCGAGACAGAGAGGCGGACAAGAAGAGGGACGACAGCCACCGACCCAGACGACCCUCUGUAGGAGCCGGCAGCGGACGCCGCUCUCGUAGCCGUAGCAACCCCAGGGAUAGACGUCGCUGAAGACCGAGUGGCUGCAGGGAAAGCUGAAGAGAGAGAGAGAGAGAGAGGGGGACGCGUGUAGCUGGGGACACUGCAGACAGGAAGUCGUGGGAGGGAAUCGUUUCCACUUGGAGAUACAGUUCUCUUUUUUUCUCAAGUUCAGGACUUGUGUCUGCUCCUCGCUACCUGCCCCGCCGUGCUUUUAAUUCGUCCACUUUGACGCCAGCGUUGUCUUCCACACACUUCUACCAUUUCUCCCGUUCUCCCCUCCCCCCCCCCCCUCCCCACACACACACACACACACACCUCGUUCGUGUCGAUUUACACAGAAAAUGUUGAUUUACAUGUUAAUAGUGAAACGACAGUUGGUCUAGCUCCUAUCCCCACUCUUCUGUUCUGUCUUCCGGCUCUCCCUCUGUAGAGAGCAGCGUUCCUCCUCCUCUUCUUCAUGUUGUGCUUUUAAAGAAACGAAGCAGAGAGGACGGUGGUUUUUUUCUUUUUUGGCUCGCCUCAGCAUUUUGUCCCACUGAGGUUUGGGAGCCCGCCUCUUUAUUUUAGUUCUGCGGGUGCACAGUUCCUUCCUCCUCAGAGCCCUGUAAUAAAACCAGUCUAAAAUAGAUCCCCGACCUUCAAAUAUUUUAUAGGAUCAGUUCUACUCUUCAGCACUGAGGUUAUUUUUCUUUUUCUAAAUACGACUAAAUUUGACUUUGUCAAAAUUAGGAUUUUUUGUUUUUGUUUAAAGUUUUAGGAAUCAUGUUAAUUUCUUUUCAGCCUUGGAGGGUUGUUGUGUGUUACAGCAGGUGACGUUUGUGCGAGUAAUAACCUUCAUCUCCCACGAAGAUGCAACUGGUACUGAAGUCUCAACACUGUAACCUAGAAAAGUGUGCGAUAGGAAGAGAUGUUAUGUGUUGUGGUGAUGCAGGAGACACGCCCCAGUUUGUCUUUAGUGGAUGUGUUUGGAGUGGAGAAGGGGAAGAUAUAAAAUUCUUGUCACGUCAUUUAUUCUGUAAUAAUUACAGGAAGUUGAUCCUCCCUGUAUUGAAAAUCCCUCCUGACCCUUCAAUCAUAUAUAUAUUUAAAGAGGAGCUACAAAUAGCAAGUUUACCUUCUCAUAGUGUAAUGGUUACAAUUUUAAUAUUUUUAAUUUUAUGUUUUUAGUUCUAAACAGUAAGAUUGUUGCUAUUUUUUUCUCCCCCUCCCUUCAAGUGCUGAAUGUACUGAGAAUUUAAAAGAAUUAAAUAAAUUUAAAUUGGU